AGUGCUUGGACAUUGAACAUGUACUGACUGUUGCUGUAGCCGAAGCAUAGUGGACAUCUCUUCAUCUUGUUGAUGUGAUUACAUAUAUGAGGCAACACUCUUGCACUUUUUGUUGCAUAAGUGCACUGCCACAUAUUUAGUUUGUUUAUCAUCACCCUUACACAAGGCUUGGCUUACAAUUACGCAACCACUCAAGUAUGCUGGACUGGGGGUGUCUCCGUCUUACGCAACACCAUCGGUUUGGGCCUUUUCGUGAAAGAAAGCUGGUUGAACUGGGGUUGAUGAUGUACACGGAGGGUGAAGCCCGUCACAAGCAACCAAGAAUGUCUACCUCACCUUCAGAACAAGACUUCAGUGGUAAUAACACGAAUGCGGAUGACACGGCUACCUCACAAUACAACGGUCAAAGUUUACCUCAUAUGUCAAGCAUGCACCAUAAUGAUUUCCAAAGUAGGAGUGAAGAUUAUUUGUCGAGUUCACCUGGGAGCCCUAACACGGACAAAUCCUAUAUACCUUCAAGGAAACAGAGAGAGUUCAUUCCAGAAAAUAGGAAAGACAACUGCUAUUGGGAGAAACGUCGGAAAAACAACGAGGCUGCUCGUCGAUCUCGCGAGAAACGCCGUUUGCACGAUUUUGCACUGGAGAACAAGAUAUGUGACCUUAAUGAUGAGAACCGUUUACUCAGGAAGGAACUCAUUGCAGUAAAAAAGAAGUUCGGGGUUCCACUGGACAAAUGUUUUACCCUGUCGGAUGACGAACAAUCCGAUACCUCGGUAACGUCUGCUCCACCACCAGGAAUGGUUCCUCUUGCACGACCCGGAGAAAAUGUGACAACCAAACCUCAUGCUCCUCAUCCUGACGCUCUGAGUCAGGCAACCAUAUAUACUUCGCCCCCGCCGUUGCUUGCAGUGGCUGGGGCAGUUCCCAUGUCUGUUCCUGUACAGGGCAUACCAUACACCAAUGGUGCAGCGUUCCCUUACUACCUCAUGCCAUCGUCUGAAGCUCACAGUAGAAUGAAUCACGAAAUGAACCCCUAUAGAGCUAGGUCAGAUGAACGAAUGAAUUCCGAGCCUCAAGAUCCAGUCCCAGCAUCAACAGUAGCAUCACGAUCAGCUUCUCUAUAUCACCAGGUUGCUGUAAAGAAGGAGCCCGGCGAAGAAAGAGACAGGCCCAUCAAUGCUUGUAUGAGCGGUCCAUCUGCUACUGCUCCUCCACAUUCUCCAGAGAUGCCGAUCAGAGGGGAAUAUCAACAUCAUUUGCAUGAUCAGGAUUCUCAGGCCGAUACAUGGAUGGAUUCCAACAGCAACAGCUACACAAGUGAUGAUGCCAUGGACGAACCUCUCCAACUCACAGUCAACACGACUGGCAAAGAUAUGAUGUUACCCAACCGCAUGCAUUACUCUGCUGAUUCCAGAAGCCCCCCGACAACAUUACCUUUAAAGCUUAGACACAAAGAGUUCUACACGCCAUCUAGCAAUUCUUCACCAUAUUCCACGCAUCCGUACAUGGAUGGCCUCGCUCAACUUUCGGAAAUAGCUCUGGCUCAAGCAAACCCGCUACCUCUUGUUAAGAAAGCUCGCGACUACAGUUCUAGAAUGGCACGAAGAGCAUCGGUUUCCGGAGAUGGCGAUCCUAAAAUGCUUGAUCCAAAAUAUCUGGAGAGACGCCGCCGCAACAACGAAGCUGCACGAAAAUGUCGUGAAAACCGAAAGGCUCUAACAAGACUUCGUGAAGCCAAAUCAGAUUACCUCGAAGGAGAAAACAACAAGCUCAGGGAUGAAAUGGACGGAUUGACAGAAGAAGUGAAACAGCUCAGGGAUCUUAUUGAAAAGAAAAAGGUGGAACAUGUAAUUAAACAACAACACCCCACUAAUCCACCGGACACUUCAUCAAGCUCUUAAACAACUUAUAUUCAAUCAACAUUGAGCAUUUCUUGCGCUUCAAAAUCGUUGUGACAGUUCUACCUGAGCACCAUGAGCCGUUGUCACCAGCAACUCCUGUAUGCACGCCCUUUUUGGUAUGUGAACGUGUCUGUGUAUUUUGAACUUGGACAUGACUAACAUCCUGUUCCUUGGAAUCCUAAAGGUCCGAGGUGCGAACUUCAAAUUCCGUUUGGAAGUACCUGUGAAUUCAGCUGUGCUCUGGAGCUGAAAAUGUCCGUGUCGUCACUCCCAGGUCCGUUAUGCUCAACUUCAAUGACAUUGUUAUGAACUACGAAGCUGUGUAGAAGCUUGUGAACUUAUGGUGUCCUCUGUUCCUGAAAACAGGGCUCCACAAAUCAGGUCCCCGAUUUCUCAGGAAAAAAGUGUUACAUCUACAUUGUGCUUUGAAGUGUAUUCACAUGUAUGUUGCACUGCGAUAAUAACGGUAUUUGAUGAAGGGGUAAUCCAAAUAUUCACUGACAUUGGACUUAAAUCAGGUUAUUAGAAAUAUAUUUAUCGAUAGUUUUCACACGACUGUAUCAUUGGUGGGUUGGAUCACUAGAUUCUUAAACAUCUUUUCUGUCUUUGUUCUAGGCGAGUAGUCAGUUGAAACAGUGUAUUAUGUAUUGCCCCUUCAUCGUUGAGUGUGUCUUGGCAAAUGUGUCGAUAGGAUAUGGCAACUGGUAAUGCACAAAUAUAUACAUAGAUGUUUAUGUUCAUAUGCCAUAAUUAAUCAUAUUCAGGUAGAUGGUUCAUCGCCAAAAUAACCAUUUGGAAUCGUUGUUUAAGGUUGUCGAUAUAUAUGUAAUUAAUCAGGUAAUACGCCUGCCUAGUUGGUUAUUUAUUGAUCAAAGACGAGACCUCCCAAGUGGUACAAUACAAUAUCAACAUUGGAUUCAUAAUGAAAACGACAUUACAUAAUCUGUGUCUCAGACAUAAAAAGUAUCUUUCAAAAGAUCUUGAACAGAACACAACACACGGAAGAAAUCUCAGAUGAAAGCAUUUUAAAACAUAUUUUGCUACCUCUUUCACACCAGGCAUUGUUUACCAAACACGGGUGGCGUCUGUGCAACUAUUGCAUUAACCUUUGUACAAUAUUUCUCGCGUAUGGAUAACUCAGGUUUCAUAUCUGUAUCGUGUGUCAUGUUUUGACCAAUCCACAACCAUGGGUUAUUUUUGUUUCCUGUUUGAUGUAACGUGUAUUUGUCGGAUAGUCUGGUAAUGAUGGGACAAUUAUGUGUGUAUCGUAUGCAUCACGUCUUCAGUGGAAGGUUUAGUACUUUGGCAUGAAUAUAAGGAACCUACGUAAUAUUCAAGGCGUCAGUACAUGCACAGGGAACAUAUUUCAGCAUAUUUAAUCAUCCACUCGAGUCAAUUGUUUCAUCUCAGAAACAAACCUACAAAGGAAUGAUGUUCCAAUUUCAGUGAAACUUGGAAAAAUAUUCAUUCCCAUCCCCACGAUUCAAAAGAAUGCAGGGCUAACCCAGAUGAAUAUUUUGUUUUGUUUUCAAGAUACUUUCAUAUGUUGUUAUUGUUUUCAUAUUAAAAACUACCUCAUUUAAUAUACGGAACUGUUUACGGUUAUGCUGGGCAUGGCAGAUGGAUAGCUUAUGGUCAAUGCCAACUAAAAACACCUGUUCUCGUUCAGAUUAGUGUUCUGCAGCAGCAGAUACCAUCGGGGACGAUCUCUCAAGUUGCCAGUAGUUUAAGGCAUGUUUAAUAAUUAUGGAGAAGCUAGUAAUAGUUGCGAUUGUAUCAUAAAUAAGUGUUCCUAUGAGCACCAAGAAUGUCCCAGACACACGUAGACAUAAUUUACAUCAACGGGCAUUAAAUCAGUUCACCACAACUACGUAACAUCAUUUGUGAGGUAGUAUUAAAUAUAGCAUCGAAACAAAACGAUUAGAAAAGAAGAGUUGUUACAAAAAUAAUACUAAAUGACAGUAUGUGGAACUAUCUGUUCUCAUUUCAGUUUCUUCAUAAAUUAAACGUAAAUCAUAUUAUUUACGAGAGAUAAACCAUUGUCUGUCCGAUCAAUCCGUCUGUAUGUACAAUGUUAUUUUGGCACUAAUAUCGAAAGAUUAUUCAUGUAUCUAUGCUACAAAUAUCCCGACGUAGUUAGUAACUGUUAAUAAGCUGAAAUAUUGAUUUCUCCACGUCUCCCCUGCGUAACUCAUAGCCCAAACAUAUUUGUGUUUCAAAUGUUUCUUCACUGUAUGUUUUUCACUGUUCAGGUCAGACAUUCAUGGUUCUCAAUCGUUGUCAUUUCCAAGAAAUGUAAUCUUAUUUAUCACGAUUUGGACAUUCAUAAUUUCAAAACAUCUUGAUUCAAGCAAAUAUUUGAAAUUAAUCCACAGUAUCAUGUCAUGCUAAAGAUAGAAUGGUUGAGAACCAAAGAAGGCCAAUUUGUACAUAGCAAGCACAUUAUCUCACUUUAUUAUUUUUUACCUCUUACUUACUCCGGUAUGGAGGACUCCUGGCAACUGUGGUGCAAAUUUAUACAUAGUUAUGCCUUCUUAAAGCAAAUGUUUUGUUAUUUGUAAUGUCUCCUUUUACAGAUAUUGUUGAAUUUGAUAUUUAAGAAAGCUUGUUUUAUAUACAUUCACUACCCAUGCUUAAAUAUCAGUCUGAUUUUAUUCCAUUCGACCGUUAUUAUCAGGAGACCUUUCUGUUUGUUUUCUAUCAAGUAAGCACAUAAGGAAACUGCAAAACUGGAAUGUAUGCUAUCCAGGACAUUUAUUCAGCUUCCACAUCAAUGCAUUAGAUAAUUCCUGACCAGGAAGGUGGUAUCACAUUAUGUUCAAGAUAUUUAGUUCCUGGUAAUUUCAGUUGCGUGUUCCUAUUGACUGUAGACGUGUUUCUCUGUUUUCUGGUAAACACGUACAUGUUUUGUGCAUGUGAACAUACAUGCCUUUAUGAGCGACUCAAUACAAAAUGCCUUGUGGGUUUCAAUAUGCCGUUGUUGAAGUGGUAGACGACCUCAAAUCAGGUUUUGUUCUUUUAGCAUAUACAUACGUUCCAUCUGUAAUGAUUUGGGUUAUCGUUGCCUUAAUUUGCAUUUUAAGUGCUGUUUCGUUUUUACUCUGGUGCCAUAGAUCGCGUCAUCUCUUAGUGCCUGGAUGGGAGCGUGCAUCGUUCUCCUAGUUCAAAUUCCAAGUGUCAUAUUAUUUUCUUCCAUAUGAUAUCUUAAUCAAUGAGAUUUAUCAUUGUCUACCAUGAUUUGAAAAGUAAGGUAGUGACAUAUUGUGGAUGCUAACAUCAUGUUGCGUGUGGUAUGUGACGAUUGCGGUUACUAUUUUACGAAUUUAUUGUUUCCAUUUUAGAAAGUGCUAUAUACAUAAACAUUCGUUCAAAAUAUCAUAUGGAAUUGUGGUCAUGCAUUCUUCUGGAGUAAUAUGAGUGGAAAUAUAUUGUUUAGAACAUUUUGCUCCGUGAACAUGGUUGUUAAAGUAAACUAUUUCCUGAUAGGUUUUUGUCAUUUGAUUGUUAAAUGCAUGGUAAUAGUACUAUAUUUGUGAGACAUACUGAUUGUUAAUGUUUUUAGCUUAGCUACAGUGCUACUCGGGUGUUCGUUUUUACAAAAAAAUCCAAACUAAUUCUUUUAUUUUUUAUAAAUAUACCACAAAUAAUAUCAUGUUUUAAUUGCCAUCUAUGUUUUUGUUUAUUCCUGUUUGACAAAGUCAGCAAUGGAAUUCUUCUUUCAACAAUUUUUACAUUGACAGAUUACAAUACAAAUGCUGGACAAUUACUAAGACAAUGUAUGAUAGAAAAUGUAGCUCGUUACGGUCGUAAUAUAACAGUCAGCUUUGAAAAGAAACUUGCUUGCAUAGUUGUAGUGUUUUGUCAUAUAAUUGAUCAGAUGUUUUUGCCUAAUUUACAUUCAUAUUUCAUAUGCAUGUAUGUCGUGAUUUGUGUAAUUAGGUUCAGCUAGACGUGUGUGAAUUAUUACAUCUCCAGUAGAAUGUAGUUUCUGUAUUGAUGGUUUAUUUCUUUAUGUCAAAGUAGAGUAAAUAUGUAUAAUGAUCUACAAAACGGGUUCAUAUAUGAAUAAGACGUGCUCUCUGUUCAGAAUUUGCCAUAUUUUGAUAGGUAUGUUACUUGUAUUCACAGAAGAGGUGGAUUUUCCUAUAAGGAAAUCGAGUGGAAAUAUUCUGGAAUCAUACAACGUUUCAGGUUGCCGCCUUUUUCCAACUGUUUUCAUUUCAUUGGAAAUUCAUAUUUUCAUGCUGUGUUAUCUAUAUUAUAUAUUUGUGAGACGGGUAAUCUUGCUAUUAACUAAAAUAUUUGUUAAAUAUUGAUAUUAUUGACAUUGUGUAACACAAAUCACCUCAUUGGUUUGUUUCUGCAAAUCGGUCUAAUUUAUUUAAAAAAGAAUGAUUUCAUUCCAAAGUUAGCGAACAACGUUAUCUUGGACAUUUAAAAAGUAGUGUUGGUGACCAGCUGAUGUUAGGGAUGACCUUUCACAGCAGUGUACCAAUUAUCUUAGAUAAUUCCUACCUUUAUGUUUGUAUAUAACUUUACCUUUAUGUAGGUAGUCCAAACAUGUAAGUUUAUCCUGGUGUGUAUUGAGCACAUGGGGUUUGCCUGUCUAAGCCCCUCCCUUUCAGGGAGCUAUGUCUUCUAUCUACCUCGAGUACAAAUACACUUCACAUGCGUUUACCCAUCUCAUCAUUUGGUCGCGCAAAUAAAAUAUUUUUGUCGUCCA